UUUCUUUCAAAUGCUUAUCAACUAUGCCGCCUCCGUAUCGAAACGAUAAGCUUUCUUCGGGCUCAGCUCGUCGACCCUUUCCUUCGCGAAAUGACCGUGAUGGCCGCAUGUAUGAUGAUCGAUCGCGAUCUCGCUCGCCUGACACCUUCGACACAGGGCCAAUUUCUCCACGUGGUAUUGAACUGUGGCUGACUUUGUUCUCAUUUGAAUUGAUAAAUAAAGAUCGUGCACGCUCGCCUCGAAGACUAGCCGCCGACAGCAGACUCGAGUACCCCAGAGACCGAGAAUCUGGACAAGGCUACCGAAGCCAUGAUCGAGAUGAUUAUCGCCGUCGAACUUCGCACUCAUCUCCUCAUAGGGGCAGAAACACAUACAAAGACCGCGACCGAGAGGGUUAUCGAAGCGCGAGUGACAAUCGAAGCCGAAGUCGCAGCCGUGGAGGCCAGUCCCAUAUAGGACAGGUGAGCCAAGAAGUGAGGAUGGAUGGACUUCCGGUGGACAUGACAGAAGAGCAUAUCUCAGCUGAACUCAGCAAUGCCUAUCAUACCGACGGCCUGGAAGAUAUUCGGGUCAUUCGUGACCGAAACACGAAGUUGUCGCGGCAACUAGGGUUUCUGCGAUUUUCCACGAUUGAGGCAUCGCGCGAAUUUGUCGAACGCAACCACCCUUUUAUCUUCUUUUAUGGACCCACAAACGACCGAAGUACCCAAGUACGCAUAGCUUACAGCCGUGAGAGGGAAGACCGAGCUCGUGCAAGAGGCGCAAGUGAAUGGAACUGCAGAACGGUAAGUCAAUGUGGUGGCCCGGAGCCCCGGGGAACCUGCCUUCCCAUGCCGGAAGUACCUAGGGACCUAUUCAUUGUUCUCCGCUUACAAAAUCAGUGUCUCAUUUCCAACUUCCCCACACGUACACGUUGUUACAAGUGCGGUACUCCACGACCCGGUUCGUACACCAUCACCAUUCCUCUCGCAAUCCUCUUUCCAGCACUAACCAUUCAAGCAGAUAUGGAUGCUACCGGUCCCCCUGGAGUUUCGGCUCCCAAGAUAGCUAACGAUGGUGAUAAUGAUGUUGCUCCUGAGAACCAGCCUUCCCAGUUCCUCUUAAUUCGUGGUCUGGAGGCGUCUGUCACAGAGGAGCUUCUUGCAAAAGGAGUUUCCAAACUGUACCGGCCAUCUGGCAACAAUGACAGCGCUCCUGAGAAUCAGAAGAAGGGAUCUAAGGUAGCCUCGACCACUGGUGACAGCAACUUGGGAGCGCGCGAAGGCUCCCUCCGUCGCGUGCUCCUUGUACGUGAUCGCCGAACCAAUGAAAGCUGGCGUUUCGGAUUCGCAGAAUUCGCAGGAAUCAAUGAUGCACAAGCUGCAAUGACGCGGCUCAAGUCUUUCGAAAAGUUUACCAUCUCCUCCAAGCAGGUGUUGGUCACCUACAUUCAUGGCGGAGUGUUUGUUCCAGUUAUGAACGCUCCAUCCGGUGCUAGCUACUACACAUUCAGCCCAUCUAACAACCCAUCACUGAAGUUGAGGUACUGGGACGAUGAAGCAUAUGUGAAGGAACUCGUGCUGUCAACCGAGGAAGAUGAUGCCGCGCAGGAGCAGAAAGCCAACCAGACAACCUCCAACCAUGGAGAUGCCCAAGCCAAGGGCAUGAAGGACUCCGAUAAGGCCGAUGGCCCGGCGAGUGCGAAUUCCAAGAAGCUUGCAAUGCCAUCCCAGCUCCAAUUCUGGAGUGACCGUCACGCUGAGCUCCAUGGAAUCAACAGAGAUGAUGCUGGCAACCCCGCAGAGGGCUCGACAUCCGCAACUCCGGCGACUGACUCGACUGCUCCAACUGUUCCAACUGCUCCAACUGACCCAACUGCUGCACCGGCUCCAUCAUUUGCGGACUUCAACAAUAACUGCUGCCUCUUGUGCAUGCAACAGAUGGUGAAUGCAGGUCAUCUCAGAUACCACGAGCGCACCAGUGAUAUCCACGCCGAAAACCUGAAAGAUGUCAAACUGAGGGAACUCGGCGUCUGCUGGCUGAUGACUAAUGGUAUCGUGCCCUUGCCAACUCCAAACUACAAAGACAGCAAGGAUGAAUACCGUGACGGACUUGAGCAAGAAUAUUCCAUCCCUCCAACACCUCGAUCGUUUGCAGACCUAAAGCGGAACUGGUGCCUCUUGUGCUUCCAAAACUUUGAUACUCCGGUGGAAGUGCUCAUCCACGACCGCGUCAGUGAAUACCACCGAAAGGAACUGGAAGACGAAGAAGCGAUCAAGUGGGGCCUGGACCAGCUUAACCAGGCGGGUAUCGCACAGGAUAUCGUGCCGGCGGCUCCAGAAUACCGAGACCGCGCAAAGGAGCGCCGCCAGGCUUUCGGACGUGAUGAUGCCAAUGCCCGCCAGAGAGCCCCCGAACCAAAAGAAGAGGACGAGACACCCGUGCAGACAACCUCGAUCGGUGCUUCUCUUCUCAGCAAGAUGGGCUGGUCCGAAGGAUCUGGCCUUGGUGCGCAAGGAACCGGUGUCACCGCGCCGAUUCCUACUGAAAUCUAUGCCCAGGGUGUGGGACUGGGUGCGCAAGGAAGUCGACUGGGUGAGGCAACCGAGGAAGCUGGUCGGAACACUAGGGGUCGGUACGACGAAUUCCUGGAGAAGACCAAGGAUGCCGCACGCCAGCGCUACGAGGAUAUGGACCGUUCCUGA